AUGAACGAGGCGCAGCACCACGACCUGGAAGAGGUCCUGCACUUGACGCCGAAGCAGGUCUCUACGGGUCUGGCGCUGUUCUACGUCUGCUACGUCAUUUUCGACUUUCCGUCCAACCUCAUCAUGACGCGACUGAGCCCCCGGGUCUGGAUGAGCCGGAUCGUGAUCGGUGUCGGCAUCAUAGGGAGCUGCAUGGCUGCGAUGAAAGCUGCUUGGAGCUUGUACCUGCUGCGGUUGCUCCUCGGCAUCGUAAUCGCAGGGAUGUGGCCCGGCAUGGCCUACUAUCUAACCCUCUUCUACCCACCAUCACGCACCGGCAAACGAAUCGGUCAGUACUUCACUGCCGCUCAGGUCUCAGCCGCCGUAGUUGGUCUGGUGUCGGCCGGAUUUCAGAAGAUGGACGGGUUAGGAGGUCUCGUGGGCUUCCAAUGGAUGUUUCUGCUCUACGGUCUUGUGGGGAUCCUCGUAGGCUUCAGCUUGCUAUGGUGGCUUCCAGACCGGCCCUUACCACCAGGAGAAGUCCCGGACCGGAGUGGCUGGCACAAAUGGAUCCCGCAAAGCACGCCUGCUUUGACGGGUGAGGAUGCGUUGAUCCAUUAUCGUGAUUUGACCCGGGUGUAUCAUCGAUCUCGCUGGGGCGUGAAGGAUCUAUGGCACGUAGUCAUCGACUGGCGGGUAUGGCCGCUUCUGCUCAUGUACUUUGGAGUGGUUGGCGUGGGUAUAGGCGUUCAGAAUUAUGCUACGGUCAUCAUCCAGUCCACGAAUUCCAAACUGACAAGCAUCGAUCUCAGUUUGCUGACCGCACCAAUCUGGAUUAUGGAUCUCAUCGCCAUCCUUCUAGUCACGCCUUUCUCGGAUCGCUUCCACCACCACCGUGCGCUAUUCUUCAGCGUACCCGUCUGCAUCCAGAUCGCAGGACUACUCCUGACCACCUACGGAGGCAGCGAGGCCAAUCCCUGGCCACGGUACGGCGGUCUGUUGAUGGUCGGUUUCGGACUCGGACCAACGGUCCCCAUCACCAUGACAUGGACCACCGAGAUCUUCCAGCCCCGUCACGGCGAAGUCGGCGUCGCGGCUGCUUCCGCACUGGUGUCCGGACUGGGGAACCUGGGAUCGAUCCUGACCACGUACGCCCUCUUCACCGGCUGGCCGGCAGACAGCCAGCCUGGGAGGAAGCAGUAUCGGAAGAGCACGCUGGUUAUGGUUGGCAUUCUUUGCUUGUCCAUACUGAGUGCGUUCGCCAUGACAUUACUGCUCAAGUUCGUUGGCAAUGGGUCAAGGGCCAAACAGGUCAGUAGCGGUAGCUCUACGAGUGAAGGCGAGGGAGUGAUGAUGGAUGGAGCGGCCAAACGUGAACUGCAGGAGAGAGGGUUCGGACGCUUGUGGUGGAGCCGCCGGUAA